UCUAGUUGUUUGAUUUAUCCAAUCGCAGUAGUCAUCAGGGACUGCUGCUGCUGCCGCUUUGCAUCGUGCAGAAAAUUUCCAGCGCGUGACAACCGUGUUGUUUUCAGCGACAAGAUGUUUUAUCACAUAUCCCUGGACCACGAAAUCCUGCUGCAUCCGAAGUACUUCGGUCCCCAGCUCGUCGAAACGGUGAAGCAGAAGCUGUACGCCGAAGUGGAAGGAACUUGCACGGGGAAGUAUGGCUUCGUCGUGGCCGUGACCACCAUCGACAACAUUGGUGGAGGCCUGAUUCAGCCUGGCAGGGGAUUUGUCGUGUAUCCCGUCCGGUACAGGGCCAUCGUCUUCAGGCCCUUCAAGGGAGAAGUGCUGGACGCCGUAGUCACGCAAGUCAACAAGGUUGGCCUGUUCACCGAGAUCGGUCCGCUCUCCUGUUUCAUCUCGAGGCAUUCCAUCCCAUCGGAUAUGCAGUUUGACCCGAACUCCAACCCACCAUGCUACAGGACACAAGAUGAGGACAUCAUCAUCCAGCAAGACGACGAGAUCAGGCUGAAGAUCGUAGGCACGAGAGUGGAUGCGUCGGACAUCUUUGCCAUCGGCACACUGAUGGAUGACUACCUCGGCCUGAGCUGAAUCUGCGGCCCACUGUUCUUCAUAUCUCAUCACAGUCACCCAUCAUAGUUACACCCCCUGCAGAGGAAAUACAUAGGCAUUAUUUUCUGCACAUUACACUCUUGAAAGUGCAAAUUUUGGUUCUCAUUCAGGUGCAUGGAAAUUGAAUAGAGAAAUCUUACGUUGAUGGUUAUUUUUCUUGAUUUACAUUCCUUGUUUAUCUCUAAGAAAAAGCCUCCAUGUCGUGGCUCAACUGUCUGGAAAAGUUUGUGUCGAAGUAUAUAUGGGAUGUAAAAUUUUGUUUUUAUUUUCUCUUGCUAUUUUAUUGUGAAUUAAGCCCUGUUGUACAGAAAGUGAAAUAAAGUUUUUGUUGUGUCUGGUA